CCUUUCGCUAAGCGAGCGCUAGAAGCGCCACUAGCGGGCUGUUUGCUGCGAUUUGUUGAUUUGUUUAGGCUUAUGCCUCUUUCACCAGCAUUAAUUCAAUUAAUUGAAGAAUGACGACCAACAACAUUGUUUUAUGAACACCUUUUUGGGUGGGAUAGCUGACUGGUAAAAUGAUACUGAGACUUCUUUGGGUCAGUUGUUUAUUUGCAUUCAUAGAACAAAUAUGUUCUCAAGAGACACAAGAUGGGCCGACAAAGGCCGCUUUACAAGGAAACUGCACUCAGGAGCAGUUUCAGUGCGGAGAUGGAAGAUGUAUCCCACUCAGGUUAAAAUGCAACGGAAAACCUGACUGUUUUGAUGGUUCUGAUGAGCCUAAUGACUGCCCUCCUGUUAAAUGCCGCCCCCUUCAGUUCAUGUGCACUGGAACUAAAAAAUGCAUCCCACAAGGAUGGACAUGUGAUGGAGAGCCGGAUUGCGAUGGAAGUGACAUCUCAGAUGAAGAUCCUUUAAAUACCUGCCUACCAGAAAAUAACUGUCCUGCCAACUUUUUUAGGUGUGGAUCAACAGACAUUUGCAAGGAGGUGAAAUAUAUGUGUAAUGAUAUUUCUGAUUGUCCAAAUGGCGAAGACGAAGGAGAAUUUUGCAAAAACACAACAAUGUGCUCCAAUAUUCAAUGUGAGCAUAAGUGCAAACCAAGUCCUCAUGGCCCAUUGUGUUACUGUGGUGAUGGGAAACAGGCUGCUGGCAUCACCUGUGUGGAUUUUGAUGAAUGUGAACAAGAUGGGGCCUGUGACCAACUUUGUAAAAAUAAAGUUGGCUCUUUUGAAUGCAGCUGUGUUCCUGGUUACAAAAAAGUUAAUAACUCUUGCCUUGCUAUAAAUACACCAGAAUCUGAACCACCAAGUCUUCUGCUCACUUCUGCCGAUGAUAUUCGUCACUUGCAUCUCAAUGGGUCUGUUUGGCCUAACAGUCAUUUUAUCACACACCAUCAAACUCAAGCUCUUACUUUCGAUCAUCGUAACCAAACAAUGUGUUUUAUAAAAGAUUAUAAACGCCUUCAAUGUGCAAAUAUUGAUCAUCUGGACAAGCCAUGGGAUAUGCCUAAUCCUACAAUGUACUCCUAUGAGACAGUUACUCAGUUAGCAUUGGACUGGGUUUCUGGAAAUUGGUACUUUUUGGAUGACACUCAUGAAGUCAUAUUCUUAUGUAACGGAACCUUACAAGUUUGUACUAUAAUAGUAGAUGUGAAUAUUGGUAAACCAAGAGGGAUCGCUCUUGAUCCGACUAAGGGAUAUAUGUUCUUUACCAAAUGGGGCACAGCCCAACCAAGUCUAGAACGAGCCAAAAUGGAUGGAACUGAAAGAAUAACAUUGGUUGACAGGCGAAUUGUCUAUCCCUAUGGUGUGAGUGUUGACUUCCCCAAUCAGCAUGUCUACUGGGUGGAUACAUUUUUAGACUGUGUGGAGCGUGUUGAUUAUGAAGGAAAUAACAGGAAAAUGUUAAAAAGAGGUCCACCAGUUCAAAAUUUGUUUGAUAUUGCAAUUUUUGAAAAUUUCUUGUAUUUGACAAGCUGGCGAAGUUACAGUGUCAUAAAACUUAACAAAUUUAAUGGAGAGUACAGUAUAAUCAGCAACACUAGUCGUCCAUUUUCCAUUAAUGUUUAUCACCGUCAAAGGCAGCCAGAUGUUCCUCAUGCAUGCAAGGAUAACAAUGGAGGUUGUCAACAUAUAUGUAUAUCUGCUUGGAAGAAAAGCACUGGACAGAUUCAGUGUUUGUGUCAACCUGGGUUCAGGCUAGGAACAGAUGGAAAGUCAUGCUCAGUUGCCAAUCAGACAAAGUUUUUGAUUUAUGGAGCUGGCCGUCCUGGCAUGAUAAAGGGAAUACAAUUGAAGCCAAACGUUAAGAAUGUGGAAGUUACAUACCCUAUUUUGGAUGUUAAUAGAUCCAAAGCUCUUGACUAUGAUGUGAAGUCUCAAUAUAUAUAUUUUACACAUGCCACACCCAAUAACAGCUAUGCCAUUAUGCGACGGAAAGUAUCUGGUGGAAAGAAGGAAGUGCUUAUAGACGAAGGAAUUGACAACUGCGAAGGUCUUGCAGUAGAUUGGUUGAGUGGUAAUAUUUACUGGAGUGAUGAAAGUCGACUGUCAAUCAGUGUAGCAAGAAUUGCUGAUCCAUCUCAGAGAAAAAUACUAGUUCAUGGUCAAAUGCAUCAUCCUCGUGCAAUAGUUUUAGAUCCAAAAGCUGGGUAUAUGUAUUGGUCUGACUGGGCUACUGUUCUAACCCAGAAAGGGAAAAUUGAGAGAGCGGGGAUGGAUGGUAAAAACCGAGAACCUAUUGUUAUUAACAAUGUGCAUUGGCCAAAUGGACUUAGUAUAGACUACCAUGGGAAGUGGCUGUAUUGGUGUGAUGCUUACAUUGAUAGAAUUGAGCGCAUUCGAACCAACGGAAAAGAUCGACAGCUCAUAUUUGAUAAAGCUCCUAUGGAACAUCCUUAUGGUCUAGCUCACAGCGACAAUUUUCUUUAUUGGACUGAGUUUUCAAAUGGCACAGUUCAACGUUUAGACAUUUCUAAUAUUGAUCAACCAAAAGUUAGUACAUUAAGUGUGGAAAAUGAUCCACUCUAUGAAUUGCGUGUUUUUGACAACAACACCCAAGAAGGUGUUAAUGAGUGUGCAGCUAACAAUAACGGCUGCGAACACCUUUGUCUCAUUACCCCUCAGGGAGUGACUUGUGCUUGUCGAGAUGGUUUUGAUUUGAAAGGGUCUAAAUGUGUUCAGAAUAUGAACUACACAGCUCCUUUUCACUGUUUGUCUCGUCAAUUUAUGUGUGCCAAUAACCGUACCUGCAUUGAUCGGCAUUUGGUUUGUGACUCAAGUGAAGAUUGUCCGGAUGGUUCUGAUGAAGAUACCAGUCCUGGGGGAAUUUGUGGAGAAGUAACAGUUUCUCCUCCUACUAAGGAUGAACACAACUGUGGGAAUCUUUUUAAAUGUGAUGGUAAUACCUGCAUCAGAAAGACUUGGGUUUGUGAUGGAGAUAGAGAUUGUCAAGACGGCACUGAUGAAGAUGUAACCAAAUGUGGACCGAAGUCUUGUCAGCCAAAUCAAUUUACCUGCAAAAUAUCUGGACGCUGCAUACCAAUGACAUGGACUUGUGACACUGAGUUUGACUGUGGAGAAAAUGACCCAUCUGAUGAACAUAGCGAGUGCCAAUGUCAUCCAUCUCAAUUCACAUGUACCAACAAAAAGUGCAUUCCUUUUGAUUAUUAUUGUGAUGGAGAUGAUGAUUGUCAGGACAAUAGUGAUGAAAUUGACUGCCCACAAUCAUGCAAUAAUUCAACUAUGUUGUACUGUGCUGUCAACAAAGAGUGUUACCCUUUGAGUUUCAAAUGUGAUGGUACUAAUGAUUGCAGUGAUGGUAGUGAUGAAGUCAAUUGCCCUACUCAGCAUCCUCCAAGCCAUACUUCGCACUGUGAACUCCAUGAAUUUGCUUGUAAUGAUAGCUUUUGCAUACCUAAAAAGCUAGAGUGUGAUGGGCAAAGUGAUUGCUUAGAUGGAUCUGAUGAAUGGUCUUGUGCAAAUAAAUCACACAGACAUCAUUCCCAUAAUGGCUCUCUUGAGUGUGAAUUUCCCUCAAAGCUUUGUGACAAUCUUACUAAAUGCAUUCAAGUCAGUGAGUUUUGUGAUGGAGAAGUCAAUUGUGAUGAUCACUCCGAUGAAGGUGGUGACUGUGAUCUUAAUUUAUGUGGCUCAAGUUUAGAAUGUUCGCACCUUUGUCAAAACACUCCUAAGGGUAUAAUGUGCUACUGUCCUCCAACACUCCACCUGCAGCCUGAUCAAGUUACAUGCAGUGCCUCUCAUCCAUGUGAAACUUGGGGUGUCUGUGCACAUACUUGUGAGGCUGUAAAAUCUAAACACAAAUGCAAAUGCAACACUGGAUAUACUUUGCAAUCUGAUUUGUAUUCUUGUAAAAGCAAUGAUAAAGCCACCCCUUAUGUCAUAUUUAGCAAUCGCCAUGAGCUUCGAGGAGUUGAUUUACAUUCUCAUAGCUCUAAAGCUCUCAUUUCAAGUCUCAAAAACACUAUCGCUUUAGACUUUUAUCAUGCCAAAAAAGAGGACAAAAUUUUCUGGACUGAUGUCAUUGACGAUAAAAUUUAUUGUGGCACACUGGUGGGUGGUUCUUUAACUAACAUUGAAGUUGUAGUUCAAACUGGCCUUUCAACCGCAGAAGGCUUAGCAGUUGAUUGGAUUGGUGAGAACUUGUAUUGGGUUGAAAGUAAUUUGGACCAAAUUGAAGUUGCAAAACUGAAUGGUAGUUUUCGACGCACUCUUGUUGCUGGUGAAAUGGAAUCACCAAGAGCAAUUGCCUUGGACCCUCGAUUUGGGCUCUUAUUCUGGACUGAUUGGGAUGCUAAUAAUCCUCGCAUCGAGAGGUGCAGCAUGAGCGGGGACUUUCGCACAAUAGUUGUUGCUGUUGAUCAAAUUGCUGAUGGAGCUUGGCCCAACGGUCUUACUUUAGACUACCAACUUCAGCGAAUUUAUUGGAUUGAUGCACGCUCUGAUUCAAUACAUACAGCAACCUAUGAUGGCCAUGAUAUCCGCACAGUCAUAAGGAAUCAUGAAACGUUAUCUCACCCUUUUGCCAUAGCUUUAUUUGAUAAUUAUGUUUACUGGACAGAUUGGAGAACAAAUUCUGUUAACCGUGCAAAUAAGUGGAAUGGUACGGAUUUAACAGUGAUUCAAAGAACUCUCACACAACCAUUUGACAUCCAGAUACUGCAUCCUAGUAGACAGCCAAAAGGAGACUUUCAGAAUCCAUGCGGUCUUAACAAUGGCAAUUGUUCUCACCUUUGUUUGAUAAGUGUUAACAACACUUAUAAGUGUGAUUGCCCCCAUGUCAUGAGGUUGGAUAAGGACAACCAUACUUGUGUUGUGAAUGAACAGGUUCUUUUAUUCUCUCGGGCAAAUGAAAUUCGUGGUGUGGAUUUAAAAAUGCCAUAUUUCCAUACAAUUCCAACCAUAAGUCUUCCUCAAGUACUGUCACCGUCUCAACUGGAUUUUGUGGCAAGCAACAAAAAAAUUUACUGGACAGAUGUGCAAGUCAAUGAAGUUAAACGAACAGGACUCACUGGUGGUGGUGCGGAAAGCAUAAUUGACACUGGUAUUGAUUCUCCAACUGGAUUUGCUAUUGACUGGAUUUCGAGAAAUAUGUAUGUAACAUCCACAGGACCCUCUUACAAUCAAAUAUUAGUUUGUAAUUUGGAGGGUGAAUACAUAAUUACUGGCAUCAUAAAAAUUCCCAACAAAAUAUUUGACAACGAAACAGUUCCACUAUCUCAAAAUUCAACUACUCAGCCCUCCCCAACAAUGAGUUCUUUAUCUCAUGCUGAGUUUUCGGAGCAUCAUGACAGUGGAGAUUCAGAUGGAAGUGUUGGGAAAUCUGAGCCCUCUCAAAUCAAGUCUCUAGCUCUGGACCCAACUAGGGGUAAAUUGUACUUCAGUCACGUCCGGGGCACAAGCUACAUCAUUGAAGAAGCUAACAUGGAUGGCAGUGAGCAGCAUGUUUUAGUUUCCAAAGUAGAAGAUAUUGCAAGUGUUGCACCAAGAAGGAAAAAGGUGAGAGGAAGGAAUGUGCCGCUGAUAAUGAGCCAAGAAAGCGUGAUGGAACAAUUGAACAGUUGGAUUUGUUUGACAAUGGAUUUGGAUGAUUGGCGCCUAUAUUGGGUGAAUGGGUGGAGCAAAAAUAUUCAGUAUUAUGAUUUCCACUCAAAGCAAACUUAUGAUGUUUCUCUGAGGCAAGAUGCUCAUCCUACAGCCGCCGUUGUAUAUCAGGGUAAUUUGUAUUAUGCUGAUCUGCAUGAUAUGGCCAUUCACAUGGCUAAUAAGACCACUGGUUUGAAUGAUACCAUUCUUCGUGCUAACACAAUUCAAGUCAUGUCCCUCCGUAUCUACGAUCCUGAAAUUCAGAUAGGCACUAAUGCCUGUAAAUUUAACAAGGGUAAUUGCUCCCACCUUUGCUUACCAAUCUCAAUGACUGAAAGGGUUUGUCGUUGUGGGAGUGGUUACCAUGUUGAUCCAAGUGACUCUACAAAAUGUAUAGGAAUUGAAGCAUUCCUACUUUAUUCCAUAAACUGGGAGAUCAAAGGCAUUCCUCUCACAUUGGGUGACAAUUCAACUCAAGUUCUUGGUCCUAUUUCUCGGGUAUCGAUGGCUGCCAGUGUAGAUUUCCAUGCAGAUUCUGAGUAUAUAUACUGGGCUGACAGUGAUCAUGGGUCAGUAACACGUAUACGCCGUGAUGGAACUGGACGUAAAGUAGUAAUAGAACAUUUUGAAUCCAUGGAACUUAUACCUGUUGACUGGUUAACUGGUUUGGCUGUAGAUUGGAUAGCAGGCAACUUGUAUUGGACUGAUCCAAAGGUGCAUGUCAUUGAAAUGUCUCGCCUCGAUGGAUCAUUCCGUUAUGUCGUUGUGACUGGAGGCUUGGAUAAACCAACCUCAGUUGUUGUGGAUCCAGUCCAGGGACUUUUGUUUUGGAGCGACGCCGGUAAACAGCCGCGCAUAGAACGGGCUGGGCUCGAUGGUUCAAACAGAAAAGUACUUGUGAAUUCUGGUGUAACUGCCAUCAAUGACAUUACCUUGGAUUUCCAGCAUCACAAGUUGUAUUGGUGUGACUCAAGCACGCACAAAAUUGAAAGGGUUAAUUAUGAUGGUAGUCACCGUGAGGUCCUUUUGGAACGUUCAGUUGACACCCCUAUGGGCCUGACAGUCUUCAAUAAUACCUUGUUCUGGAUUGAUACAACUCAUGAAAGAGGGAGUAUACUUUCAGCCCCACUAUCAAACGUUUCAAAUUUUUCAAUCAUGUUGAAGGACAUUGGAGACUCUCUCAAGGAUAUUCAGGUCUUCACAAAGUUAAAGCAAAAGGGCACAAACCCUUGUGCAAACAACAAUGGAGGGUGUGCUGAACUUUGUUUGUUUAAUGGAACACAUCCGGUUUGUGCUUGUGCUCAUGGCAAAGUUUCAAUUGAUGGCCAUUCUUGUGAAGAUUAUGACAGCUUCCUUCUCUUCUCUCGCGUUCUCCGCUUGGAUAGUAUUCACAUGACAAAUGAAAAUGACUUGAAUCCUCCUUUUCCAAGCAUUCAGUCCAAGGAACACAUGCGGAACAGCAUUGCUCUUGCAUAUGAUUACAAACGGAAACUUAUCUUCUAUUCAGAUAUUCAAAGAGGCAGUAUCAAUAGUGUUCACUUUAAUGGGACUAACCACACCAUCAUCAUUGAAAGACAUGGAGCAGCAGAGGGUCUUGACUUUGAUGCAUCUACAAACACACUGUACUGGACUUGUAACAAUGAUUUGACUAUAAACAAGAUUAAUCUGACUUCUAACACCUCUGAACCUAUAGUUAAACUUAAGGAAAAUGACAAACCUCGUGGUAUAGCUGUGGACCCUUGUGCAGCCCGAGUUUACUGGACAAACUGGAACUCUAACAGUCCUUCAAUUCAGCGAGCUUACACAAAUGGUUUUGAUGUUGAGACUAUAAUUUCAGCUGACAUUAGGAUGCCAAAUGGUUUAGUUUUAGAACAUAGUACUCAAAAAUUGUACUGGUGUGAUGCUCGUCUGGACAAAAUUGAACGCACCGAGUAUGAUGGCAGCAACCGAGUUGUUUUGGUUGCUGUUAUUACCCAUCAUCCGUUUGAUAUUGCUGUGUAUGGCAAUUUCCUUUUCUGGACCGAUUGGGUUCUCCAUGCUGUUCUUCGUGUCAAUAAAUUUACUGGUGAAGAUGUUGUUGUUCUUCGUAAAGACGUUCAACGACCUAUGGCAAUUAUUGCUAUUGCAAAUGAUACCAACGAAUGUGCUGCAAAUCCGUGCAAUAUCGUAAAUGGUGGCUGUGCUCACAAGUGUAGAUUGAACGUCAAUGGAGGGGUUGUUUGCAGUUGUUUUCCUGGUUCUGCCCUCUUGCCUGAUGGGAAACAAUGCUCUAAAAUUAAUUGGAAUUGUACAUCCUCUUCAUUCACUUGCUCCAAUGGAAGGUGCAUUCCAUAUCAUUUGACGUGUGAUGGUAUUGACCAGUGUGGAGACAACUCAGAUGAAGCACCACCAUAUUGUAGUCACAGAAAAUGCAGAGUCGGUUAUUUUACUUGCACAAAUAAGCGAUGUAUCCCUAUGAAUCAAAAUUGUAACAACAAUAAUGACUGUGGUGAUGGAAGUGAUGAAGUAAACUGUGCCUGCUCAGAUAAGACUCAUUUUAGAUGUACUCAUGGUGGCGUCUGUAUCAAUGCCUCAUAUGUAUGUGAUAGAAGUGCAGACUGUCCUGACGCAAGCGAUGAAAUGAAUUGUCCCAAACCAAAUUGCACUGAGCUCCCUGGUCUGAUAAAUUGCAACACUACAACAGCUUGUAUUAAUCCGUCAUGGAUAUGUGACUCAGAAAAUGAUUGUUGGGAUAAUUCUGAUGAGAAAGAUUGCCCAACACAUGGUCCUUCUACACCUGAUCCAUGUCCAAGCCCUCAAUUUCUUUGUAAAAGUGGGCGAUGUAUUCAGAGCUCUUGGCGUUGUGAUGGUGAUGAUGAUUGUGGUGAUGGUAGCUCAAGUGAAGCAAGUUCAGAUGAGGCUGACUGCAAAAGUCAAUGUCGUAAUGAUCAGUACGAGUGUGACAAUAAGGAGUGCAUACCUCAUUCGUGGCAAUGUGAUGGGACUCCAGACUGCCCAGAUGGAUCUGAUGAAGAUGCAAAGUGCAGUACCAAGCCCUGUUCCAUAUCAUCAUUUAAAUGUAACAGCACUGUCAAAUGUAUCCCUUUAACUUGGGUUUGUGAUGGAGAGGAUGAUUGUGGGGAUUCAUCAGAUGAAAGAUUAAGUGAACAUUGUCUAAGCAGUGCACAAACAUGUGCAGAUACUCACUUUCAGUGCGCCAACAACAAGUGUAUUCCUCAAGAAUACUAUUGUGAUGGGCAAGAUGAUUGUGGUGAUUUAAGUGAUGAGCCCAAGUUGUGUGGCUUACAAGGCUGCAGAGAUAAUGAAUUUGCUUGUCGCAAUGGAAUGAAAUGUGUGUUAGCUGCAUUGACAUGUAAUGGUGUUGAUGAUUGUGGAGAUAAUUCCGAUGAAGAAGAAACAUCGUGUCAUAAUGGAACAAGUAGAUUGUGUGAAGGUCCACAAGUGUUCCAUUGUGCAAAUGGGUUAUGCGUCAAUGAAACUCUCCUUUGUAAUGGACAAGAUGAUUGUGGAGAUUUCAGUGAUGAGCAUCUUUGCAAUAUUAAUGAAUGUGAGCGUGCUAACACUUGUGUUCAUAUUUGUGUGGAUAAAAAGAUUGGCUAUGAAUGCCAGUGCCAUGCAGGUUAUAAAGUAAGCCCAAAAGACCAUAGAUUGUGUCUUGAUAUUGACGAGUGUACAGAGUCUCCAUGCAGUCAUAUAUGUCGCAAUACAAUGGGAUCAUAUGUGUGCUCCUGUAAUAAUGGGUACAUCUUGCGACCUGAUAAACACUCUUGCAAAGCUAAUUCCAGUUAUGAGGCAAAGCUGCUCUUUUCCAAUCGGUACUACAUUCGAGAAAUGGAUUUAAUGGGAAAAACAAGUCUGAGAGUUCACAAUCUUACAAAUGCUGUCGCUUUGGAUUUUGAUUGGUCAGAAAAUUGUUUGUAUUGGUCUGAUGUGACUGCAAGUGGAAGUAGUAUCAAAAGACAAUGUGGAGGGAACACAACAUUCCAGGUUCUCCACUCAGUUACUCUACAAAACCCAGAUGGCUUAGCAGUUGACUGGGUUGGUGGGAACCUGUAUUGGUGUGAUAAAGGCUUAGACACCAUUGAAGUAUCCAAGCUGGAUGGACGUUAUCGCCAUGUUUUGAUAAACUCUGGGUUACAAGAACCACGAGCCAUUACAUUAGAUCCUCAUCAAGGUUACAUGUACUGGACAGACUGGGGUGAUCGACCAUACAUUGGAAAAGCUGGAAUGGAUGGAUCCAGUCAGACCAUACUUGUGAAUGAUUCUCUUGGGUGGCCUAAUGCUUUGACCCUUUCCUAUGAAACAAAUGAAUUAUUUUGGGGAGAUGCUCGUGAAGAUUACAUUGCUGUCUCAGACCUUGAGGGCAAAAACAGAAGAGUUGUAAUGAGUCGGGCAAAGAAUCCAAAGUUGAUGUUGCAUCACAUAUUCGCUCUCGCUGUAUUUGAAGAUUACUUGUAUUGGACAGAUUGGGAAACCAAGGCUGUUGAAAGAUGCAAUAAGUACAGUGGUCAGGAUUGUAAGCACCUUACAACAAUGGUACACCGUCCUAUGGACAUUCAUGUCUAUCACCCUUACCGCCAGUUACCAGUUGUUAAAAAUCCGUGUGCUGAUAAUGGGGGAUGUGCAACUCUUUGUCUUCUACGUCCACAUGGGGAACACCGUUGUGCUUGUCCUGGGAAUUUUGUUCUUGGCCCAGAUAGUAAAAGCUGCAUUGCUAAUUGCACAUCAGCUAACAUUGUUUGUAAGAACACUUACAAAUGCAUUCCAUUUUGGUGGAAGUGUGAUGGCCAAGAUGAUUGUGGGGAUGGUUCUGAUGAACCACCAAAUUGUCGUAAAUUUGAAUGCACACCUGGUCAAUUCCAAUGUGAUAAUAGGAAGUGCAUUCACCCUUCUUAUUUGUGCGACAGAUCAGAUGAUUGUGGUGAUCAUUCUGAUGAGGAAGGCUGUGAUAAGUAUACAUGUCUGAGCACCCAAUUUAAAUGCCUUGGCAAUGGCACUGUAUCUGACCAUUGUAUUGCGGGUUCGUUUCGUUGUAAUGGAAAGCUGGAUUGUCCGCAUGGAGAAGAUGAAAAAGACUGUCCCCCAAAGACAUGUCCACCAGAUCAGUUUUCUUGUCGGUCUGAUGGCAAGUGUAUUCCUAAUGUCUGGGUGUGUGAUGGUGAAAAAGAGUGCCCUGAUGGCUCAGAUGAAAAGGGGUGUGAAUCUCGAACAUGUGCAGCAGAUCAACUUAGAUGUAGCACUGGAAGAUGCAUUCCCAAGUCAUGGCAGUGUGAUGGAGAUAAAGAUUGUCGUGAUGGAGAAGAUGAACCAGCUAAUUGCUCUAAUCCUGACUACCAUGUCUGCGACCCCACUUAUUUCAAAUGCAAAAAUAAUAAGUGCAUACCAGGGCGCUGGAAAUGUGAUUAUGACAAUGACUGUGGCGACAAUUCUGAUGAGGUAGGAUGCAAGCCUCGCGAUUGCAGUGAAUCCGAAUUCCGGUGCGCUGAUGGCCGUUGUAUACCAGGUUAUCAGAGAUGUGAUGGAGAAUACAGUUGUGAUGAUCACAGUGAUGAACAUAUGUGUAAUCGCACAUGUAAUAGUAAUGAGUUUCAAUGCAAGGCUCCUCAAUACUGCAUAUCAAGUGAUUGGAAAUGUGAUGGAGAUGUAGACUGCAGUGAUGGAUCUGAUGAAGCUGACUGCACCAGUCAAUGUUCAAUGAAUAAAUUACACUGCAACAACAAACAAUGUGUCAUUGCUUCAUGGGUUUGUGAUGGUGAUGAUGACUGCGGUGAUGGCACUGAUGAAGCGAAUUGCACUAACUUUGCCUGUGAACCAGGACGUCAUCGGUGUUUAAGAAACGGAUCUGUUGUCUGCCUUCCUGGAUUCAGUGUUUGUAAUGGCAUUGUCGACUGUGAAGAUCAUUCAGAUGAAAGAUUUUGCCCCCACAGUUAUCCAAGAGACUACGAAUGCCGCUCAGACUAUUUCUUAUGCAUUAACAAAAAUUGUGUACCAAAAAGUGCAGUAUGUAACGAAAUAAAUGAUUGUGGGGACAAUUCUGAUGAAUCAGAUUGCUCUCCAUCGCCUUGUAAGUUCGGAGCAUGCUCUCAACUUUGUGUUGCCAAGAAACGUGGUAGCUAUGCUUGUAACUGCCAAUCUGGAUACACACUUUCUUGUACUGAUGGUAGCAAAGUGUGUGACAAUAGUAACAAAACGUGUGUAGCAAAAGGUGGUCCUGCCCAGAUUAUUGUCGCAACUGAUACAGGAUUAAAGUUCAUAGAGAAACCACACAGCGCUCCUGAUCAUUCUCAAGCUGCUAGCAAAUCUGUUUCAGCAAACAAGAUUGAAUCUAUUGAUGCAUUCUGGAAUCCUCCUAAACAUGUAAUAGUAUUUUCUGAUCAUCACUAUCACAGCAUAAAACAAGAUAAUCGCACCUUGGUUUCAAAAUUAGAUAAUCCGAGAGGUGUUGCUCUUGAUUGGGUACAUAAACUGCUGUAUUGGGUUGACUCUGCCACUCCUGCAGUUAUGGUUGCGAAUUUGGAUGGAACUCGCCGUGUAACACUCGUUGAAACCAAUCUGUAUGAGCCUCAUGAUAUAGUUGUUGACCCACAAGAAGGCAAAAUGUACUGGACAGAUUGGGGUAAGAAAGCUCGUAUUGAAGGUGCCCAGAUGGAUGGUAAUUCUCGACACACUUUAGUAUCUGACCAUAUGCUGUGGCCUACUGGCCUUGCAUUAGACUACCAAGCCCGUCGCUUGUAUUGGGUUGACGCCAAAAAGCUAACUGUUGAAGUUGUGGAUCUUGAUGGUAGACAUAGAAAGACUAUAAUAAAGUUUUCUCAAGGUGUAAGACCUUACAAAAUGGAUUUGUUUGAAGACAAAAUAUUUAUUAGUAUGAGCACUCCAACGGCAGUUAUGGUCAAACGGUAUGACAAGUUUGGAAGAUUUGACUUGAAUGGAACAAUUUUGUACCAAGGUGAACAGCAAAGGGCCCCUGAUUUAGUGGUGUUGCAGGAAAAUAAACAUCCCCGACCAUUAGUGAAUUACUGCCAGAAGACUCCAUGUCAUCCAAGUGCACUCUGUGUUCCUCAGGGCAACCAUCCUGGGUCUUCUAAUAAAACCUGUUUAUGUCCUGAUGGCACCAUCUCUACUGUAUCAAGUACUAUGAUGGUGAUAUGCAAUCCUAAACCAAGACCAGCAGAACGAUGUGAUUUGAAUUGUAUUAUGGGGAAAUGUCAAAUUACUCCUGAUGGUCCACGCUGCAUUUGUGAACCUAUGUACGGAGGAGAAUAUUGUAGUAAAUAUCUUUGCUCUGAGUAUUGUCGUAACCAGGGCAGAUGUGAUGCAGUAGUGGAUUCAUUGUCUGGAAAACCAGUUCCCAAAUGUACUUGUCCUCCUGAAUGGACAGGGGAGAGGUGUGAAACACCACUUGCUAACUGUGGGUGUGAGAAUGGUGGUACAUGUUUCUCUCCAGCACAUGGAGUCGUCUACUGUGUUUGUCAGCCCCAAUUCACAGGGUCUCGUUGUCAAGAUUGCACUUCUUUGAAGUGUGGUCCAAAUGGAAUCUGUGCCCUGCAGGGUUCCGAGCCGAAGUGUCAAUGCUCAAAUGGAUAUACUGGGAAAAACUGUGAAAUUUCAAAGUGUGUUGGAUACUGUAAGGGAAAUAAUACGUGUCGCAUGACAGCUGGUGGGCCAAAAUGUAUGUGUGCCCCUGGUUUUGCUGGAGAGAGGUGUGAGAAGGACAAAUGUAAAGAUUUUUGUAAAAAUGGAGGUAAAUGUAUCGCCGGAACUAAGAAGCAAUAUUGUCAAUGUCCUUCUCGAUAUGCUGGUCCAUUAUGUGAAGUUGAUUUGUGCAACUGUUCUUGUGAAAACAGAGGACAACAUUGUCCUUGUGUUUUCCCUCCACCAGAAAUUUGUCAUUCAAAUGUUGUACAGAAGUGUCGUCCUGGAAUGUGUAAAAACGGAGGUGACUGUAUUGAGAGUAGGGGCAGUCCAGUAUGCAGAUGCAUUCCUGAUUAUAAUGGACCUGAAUGUGAGACAUAUCAAGGAAGCAAUCAUGCUUGUGUGAAUUUCUGUCAAAAUAGAGGAGCAUGCCAUCUUGAUGGUACUGGAGAUCCAUCAUGCUCUUGUCUUGAUGGUUGGUUUGGAACACGCUGUGAAAAAACUUCCCACUGCAAGCCUGGUUAUUGCUUGAAUUCAGGUCACUGUCCUGAUACUGAUGAAGACCUUGAACCAACGUGCAUAUGCCCUGUUGAUUAUACUGGGAAACGGUGUCAAACAGCAGUAAUUGGUAACUCUGCAUCCGUGAAUGGAAGUAAUAGUGGAGGGACAUCAGCUGCUGUGAUAGUUUCAGUUACCAUACUAAUAAUUUUGCUACUUGGAGUUGCAGCUGCUUAUUAUGUCACAAAGCGAAUGCGUCGAGGUGGAAAGUCAUUUUUGCACCAGCGUAUGACUGAAAAUGUGGAAAUUAGUAAUCCCAUGUAUUUACGAGAGGAUCUUGAUGAUGAUGGAGACAAUUUCACUCUUGACUCUGUUGUAAAGGGCAAUUUCUCCAAUCCAAUGUAUGAGUCUAUGUAUAAUUCUGGUGCCUCGACUGCAAGUGGUACCACAAGUGAAGAAAAGAAGGGGUUGCUUCGUGGUGAUGAUAUUCCCUCUCAACCACACCCCCUCGCGGGUAGCAGAGAGGAAUUGUGAUCUAAUUCCUAUUAUUAAUUCAAAAUGUGCCCACACCUGAUGAUGGUGCUCAAUUGGUUUGCUAGGCUGUAGAAGGGUUGUGAUUAUCUUGACCACCCUCGUUGGGUAAACAUAUUCUAUACUACCUUAGCAAAGUAUUUAACAUCUUUAAUUCCUAUCAAUUUAAAAGUUAUAAUUUCAUAUUCAGUAUCAGAUUAGUGACAAUUUUUUAAAAGUCAGCAGCAAUGAUGCAGUUAUAUGAGUUUUGCUAUUGUUGGUAGCAAUUGAGAUGUGUUAGGAACCCUUUUUAUUUUUUUCAUACGAAUGAAUAUUUUAUAUUAUGUCUAGGUCUAUUAAUCUUUUAUAAGAAUUUUACUUGAGGAGGAUCUUGAAGGUGUUAGCAAUAUGUCAGAAUCUAUUAACUAUGUAUUUGUUUUGGAGAAAUCUGUUGCCUUGAGGUGCUAUUAUACAUGAUAUUAUUAAAUUGCUGGUUUAAACUCAGCGCACACUUUGUGAUAACAUGGCCUGUGUGGCACAAAUGUGUUGCCAGCAUUGAGGUGGAUUUUGACGGGUGAUAAUGUCAAUAGAAUUAUCAUUUAAAUCCUUUGCAAAAGGAUAUGUAUAAUUUUAUAUCUAUUAGUGUUAAGUAAUUAGUCAUUAUUAUUAUUAUGUCAUUAUUAUUCUGUGCCAAUGUGAGUUAAGAUAUCUUUAUCUUCAAACUAACUGACUGUUAUCAUCAUUUCUGAGGAUGAUUGGAGGUGCAUUUUACUGGUGUUUUGGUACAAACAGCUAGUAUGGUACAAUUCCAUUUCAUUGUUUUUAUGAUUUACAUUUACCUGCCAUUUUCAUUUUUUCUGCGUAGAUAAUUUUUAAGUGGUGCUCUAUUCCUUCAUUUUGUUGUGCCAAUCUUUUAUCAUAUAUCUUGUGAGUGACAAAUUUGAUGGUUUUAAUGUACUUUUCAACCAUUUCAACUUGCACAUUUUUAUAUAUCUGACGUCUUGCCAGUCAGUUGCCAACCGUGAAGCAAUACAUGAACAAAAUGUUCUUAAUCUUUAUAUUUUAAGAAAUGGCAGCUAGGACAAGAUAGAUAAUUAAAGGUCAAUGUCUUUCUUUAAGGUUAGUGCUUAUUUGUCUUCCGGUUAAUUAUCCACUUUCAUGGCAUUCCUCUAAAUCAUCCUAUUCAUUGAUUGCAUGUUUUUAACUGCCAUCAGUAAAGCUCUCUUUUCAUCUAAACUGAUAGUUUUUAGCCCAAGCAAUGAAGAUGUGGAUAUUACUUUAUGGUGGGGAACCUGUAUCCAUCCAGUUAUGUAGGUAAGAGAUUUUUAGUAAAUUAAAAACAUGUGUUUUUGUACUGUCCUGUUACUUUUUGUAUGAGAUCGAAGAAAUUGGUUGUGUGUAAAUAAUUACUCAUGCAAAGUUUAACGGUAUUAGGACUCCAUUAUUGUGACUUUGUAUUUUUACCGUCCGCUUUUUAUUUUUACCCUGUUUUGUAGAUUAGCAGGAAGACACCAAGUGCUUGAUACCUUUUCAAUUAAAAUUUGAUUAAAAUAUCAAUUAAAUUUCAAAUAAUAUUGGUGAAUCUAAAAUUAGGCUCAUGCUUCAAAUGUCCUUUGUCUUUACAAAAUCCAUCCAUUUUCAAAAACCGUCCUUCAUCUCAUAUUUUUGACAACAACGAUGACCAGUAAUAAAUCAUGUUAAGAGCUAAAUUUGGAAACAGCUAGCAAUAUCUUUUCUCAUUAAUGUGUGUGAGAGUGAAAAUGUCCAAUUGUUGUGGAUGGUUAAUGUAUUUCUAUCCUGUUAUUAUUUCUUGUUUUUUUCCCUCUUUGAAGCUUGAUUUUAGUCAAUAUUUAUGAUGAACUAAUUGCGUUGUGAAUUGGCCAGUCUUUGUUAGAAACUUAUAUGUGAUGAUCAAUUUAGUCUCUGUGAAGCCAGUGAAGCUGAAGCCACCUCGUUAUUUGUUUUGAGUAAACUGAUUGGCGGAAUGAGAAUGGAAGACAGCUUCAAGCUUGUUGCAGACAAUCAGAUUACUCCCAAAAAAUGACAGCAUGGCUUCAGCUUUACUGGCUUCACCAAGAUUUAAUUGAUCAUCAGGCAACUCCAGGUUGAUUAAAUCAACAUGUACAGAUGUGUUGUAGUAGGCCCAAUGUUGUUUGGUUGAUGAUCAGGCCUUCCCAUCACCUAUAUUGAAUGUUUCCCACGCGCGCUUUUCAUACAUUCCAUGUUAAUGUGUUUUCUUUACCUUAGAUAUUAUUUUUAUUACAAAGUAAUGUAUUCAAUACAUCACUUAAUUUUCCUACUAUACAGUUUCACUGUUAUGAACACUAGUUCAAUUUUCUAAACAUAAUUUUGAUUGGUUUUUAAAUUCUGAUUAUUUAUUGUUUCUUUUUGAAAUGUAAUAAUCUUUCACCAUUGGGAAUGAAGUAUUACAUUAACAGUGUAUCUAUCUAUAGAUGCCUUGAACUGUGUGGCGCUAUGAUUUGCAACUCAACCAUGUUUAUGUAUGAUUCUGGUUGUGCUGGAUAUAUUCAUAUGUAUGUCUUCUGAAAAUGAGUGGUUGCAUCAAACUAGUCAGUCUUUACUUGCCCUCUUGUAAAAAAUUUGUCCUUACUUGUUAAGUUAUUUUAACAUUUAGUUCAAGUGUUGCAAAGAAUUUUCAUUUUGCAUCAUUUUCUCUUUCUAUUUCUCUUUCAUUAUUAUUGGCAACAGACAAAAGAACUUCCUCUCUUAUUCAUUUUAACUAUCCUUCAUGCGCAACUCCUAAGCUAUGUUUCAACCCAUAAAAACCUUAUCAGGUUUCAUGUGAAACUAAUUUUAUAAAUAUGUUUGUUUCACUGGUUUAGUGAUUUGCUGUUAAAUUUUAGAUUAGGUGAAAACUAGUGCAAUGUGGUCAAAAAUCAAGUUAUUUUCUGUUGCAUGCCCUUCAGCACUUAAGCCUAAUUGAUGGAUUGUCUUGUUGACUUUUUAUUUCAUCUAAAAUUUUGUCAUGUUCAUUUUUUUGAAGAUUUCUGUUUGUUGUGUUGCUGUGCCUAAGAGAUCCUAUCGCCAAACUGGCAGAGAAAACAUAGCUUACUAUAUUCUGUAUGGUGUGAUGGCCAAGUUUUUUUUAUGCAUGUUGGUGUUUAUCAAAAGUAAGGGGCAAAGUUUGAUGCUUCUCAAGAUAUAAUUACACCAGUUAUUAAAAGUGGAAAUAAGAUGGUUACCAUAGAGGUAAUCCUUUUAAGUAGUACAGAGUAUACUUAAGUGUACUAAUGCAUGUUAGUUUUUGAAGCAUGUUUGAAACAUGACACAUACUCAUUAUUUAUGCUAUCUUACUGUUCUUCUGUGGUUGUGCCUAAAAAUAUUUUUCUAUCGAAGCCACAGGGGAAAGCAUGCAAUGGCUUAUGAUCAUUUUGACCACAGUUGUGUAAUAAGCACUAUGAGUAUUUUGUGUAUCAUAGCAGGACAUAAUCUUUGCCUUUGUUCAUAAAAACUAAAUGUGACUCGUCAA